UGUAACUAAUUUUUGCGUAAGCUCAUUGUGGGAGUUACCCAUCUCCCGCAAUCGUAACCCAUAACGUCUUUUGUUUGUAUCUAUCGCUCCUCUAAUACAAAUUCAGAUCUGAAGCACACAAGCUUUGGAAUCCAAAGCUUUUCUCCAGAAUCAAAAUCCGCAUCUUCCAAAUCCACCGUCGAUCUGGAGCCGUUACAGGAUCCGCCGCAGACCACGGCGUCCUCCGGUACCGGCAACGGCAACGGUAAAAUACGCUACCGUUCGCCUUCUUCCACUGAGCUUCUGGAGUCUGGAAACCAGUCUCCUACAUCCGACUCUGUUGACGGAGGUAAGAUGACGGCGAAGCGUGGGAUUGGACGGCAUGAAUCUCUUGCUGAUAAGAUCCAACGCCAUCGUGGUCUUAUUCUUGUGAUUUCGGUUCCCAUUGUGUUGAUCGGGCUUGUUCUUCUGCUAAUGCCUGGGAGAUCGACUUCUGAUUCGGUCGUUGAAGAGUAUACGGUGCAUAAUCGCAAAGGAGGUCCUAAUUCGAGAGGUCCGAAGAAUUACGCUGUGAUUUUUGAUGCUGGAAGUUCUGGUAGCCGUGUACAUGUUUACUGUUUUGAUCAGAAUUUGGAUCUUAUUCCUCUCGGGAAUGAACUUGAGCUCUUCUUACAGCUUAAACCAGGGUUGAGUGCAUAUCCUACUGAUCCCCGACAAGCAGCAAACUCUUUGGUGUCUCUUCUUGACAAAGCAGAAGCUUCUGUUCCCCGCGAGCUGCGCCCGAAGACACCUGUCAGAGUUGGGGCCACUGCAGGUUUGAGGACGCUGGGUCAUGAUGCAUCUGAGAACAUUUUGCAAGCGGUUAGGGAACUCUUGAGAGAUAGAAGCAUGCUGAAAACUGAGGCAAAUGCUGUUACUGUACUGGAUGGUACCCAGGAAGGUUCUUAUCAGUGGGUAACUAUCAACUACUUGCUAAGGAACUUGGGAAAACCAUACUCAGAUACGGUAGGAGUGGUUGAUCUUGGAGGGGGGUCUGUUCAAAUGGCAUAUGCUAUAUCCGAGGAAGAUGCUGCAAGUGCACCAAAACCAUUAGAAGGAGAGGAUUCAUAUGUCAGAGAAAUGUAUCUGAAGGGACGGAAGUAUUUCCUCUAUGUACACAGUUACCUACAUUACGGAUUACUGGCCGCCCGAGCAGAGAUUUUGAAAGUUUCUGAAGAUUCAGAGAACCCCUGCAUCGUGGCAGGCUAUGAUGGUAUGUACAAGUAUGGGGAAAAGGAAUUUAAAGCCCCUGCUUCACCAUCCGGUGCGAGUCUUGGCGAGUGCCGAAGGGUAACCAUCAAUGCACUAAAAGUGAAUGAUACACUGUGUACACACAUGAAAUGCACAUUCGGUGGAGUCUGGAAUGGUGGCCGAGGUGGUGGUCAAAAGAAUAUGUUUGUUGCUUCUUUUUUCUUCGAUCGUGCUGCUGAGGCUGGAUUUGUUGACCCGAAGCAACCUGUUGCUACAGUUCGUCCCAUGGACUUUGAGAAAGCGGCAAAGCAAGCUUGUAGUAUGAAGCUGGAAGAGGGGAAAGCGAAAUUCCCACUUGUGGAGGAAGAGAAUUUGCCUUACUUGUGCAUGGAUCUCAUUUACCAAUAUACUCUGCUCAUUGAUGGAUUCGGCUUGGAGCCAUCACAGACAAUAACUUUAGUGAAGAAGGUCAAAUACGGAGACCACGCCGUGGAAGCUGCUUGGCCAUUGGGUAGCGCCAUAGAGGCCGUUUCCUCGCCGUGAGGGGCAUUCUGAGAAUUACACAGAACCUUAUUCUUUUGAUAUCUACCAAAGUUUUUUUUUUCCUCAGUUUUUAGACUUUUUACCAUCCCUUAAAGCAUAGUACAUUAGUACUUAACAUUUUUAUUACAAUAUAUCGUAUUUAGAAAAAUUGUUUUGUUGCUUAUAUCUCCUUUUUCAGAUCUUUGAUUCUUUUUUCUUGUAAAAUAGAGUACUCUUAUUGUCCAUGUUUCUUAUAUUUUUAUGAAAAGAUUGCAACAUUCUUACU